AUGCCGAAGAAGGGCUCGACACCCCCGAAGCGCCCUCUGGCGGCGGACAAGGGGAAGGGGAAGGCCAAGGCCGUUGCGGACGACGACCAUGGCAGCACCAGCGCCGGCACCAGGAGCGACACGACGCCGCAGUCACAGACGACACAGGCCGGGCCGUCGACGUCCAACACGCUGCUCCAGCUGUCUAAGCGCAGGCGUGGGCUGGGGGUUGUGACGCCCAAUGCCUGCACGGAAUGCCGCAAGAAGCGAGCCAAGUGCGACGGCCAGCAGCCUUGCGCGCGCUGCAAAACCACAAAGGACGCUGACUGCGUCUACGAAGUUCCCGUUCGCCAAUCCAAAGAGACCCUGCGUACGGAAAUCGAGUCCCUGCGCCUGCGCCAGCGCUCUUCCGACCAAGUCUUUGGCGCCUUGAUACAGCCGCAUCUGUGGGAAGAGGUGCUGGCGCGCCUUCGCGGAGGCCAGUCCGUCGACAGCAUCUCCGAGUGGCUCGGGGGCGUCAAUGUCACCGGGGCCGCCACGGACUCGAUCUAUGCGCAGCAUGCUGAUCCUACCCUGAUGGGCCACGACUUGGCCAUGGCCUAUGGCGGCUCUGGAGCUCCCAUUCCGACCAUGUCCCUCACAAUGGAUCCCGGGUCGAUUCCCAUGGACAUGGGGGGUCCGGUCAGCCCUUGGCACUUUUCGUCGCAAAGCCAGGGCGGCUCGACCCGGAGCGGCUCUCACCCGGACCUGAUGAACUGGACCUCUGAGAUCAGCGUUGCGCCACAGUCGCGGGUUGGCUCGUGGGCAGAGAGCAUGCACACCGACCACCUCACCGACGGCAUGCACCGAUUCCGAGGGAUCGAGCAAGUCCUGGCGCCGCUCAACGAGCCCGAAAUCAAGCAGCCGGCCGGGACCUGGACCAGCAUCACCAACGACUUCAACCUGGUCCAGCACCUGUUGGCCCUGUACUUUUGCUGGGAGUAUCCCACCUUUGCCUCGCUCAGCAAAGAGCACUUUCUCCGCGAUUUCCAGGAGGGAAGACAUCGGUACUGCUCCCCAAUCCUCGUCAAUGCGCUGCUCGCCCUUGGCUGUCGGUUCUCCACCCAGCCCAUGACCAGAGCCAACCCCAACGACCCCUACUCUUCCGGCGAUCACUUCUUCAAGGAAAGCCAGAGACUCUUCAACGAGGAGACGGACCACCACUCGUUGACCACCAUCCAGGCCCUGGGCAUCAUGUCGAUCCGCGAGGCCAGCUGUGGCCGUGACUCGGAGAGCUGGUAUUACGCCGGCCAGAGCAUAAGGCUCGCUGUGGAGAUGGGCCUGCAUCGCAUCCACGACGAGGACGACGAGGAUGAGCUGGCUGUCCAGUCGGCCACCUUUUGGGGGGCUUUUGCCUUGGAUCAUGCAUGGUCUCUGGCCACGGGCUCGCUUCCCCAGUGCUCGUGCUUUCCUCACCUGCCACCCAAACCGGCCAUCAUCGGCGACAUAGAAGCCUCGCUCUGGGUACCGUAUACCGACGACGGUGAGGAUCGCACGACUACCUUUGGAGUGAAUAGUAAGGGCCUACAUGCUGACGAUGACGUAUCCGAAGGCGAGCCGUUGCAACGGUCUUGCGAACAGCCAUCCAAUUCCCUUUAUGUUCUUCAUUCUCCCGGGAGGCCCCUUACCGCGCGGGACCUCUUGAAUAUUUACACUCAGUACCUGAACUGGUACGACCGCAUCCCCGAGGUUUUGAGGCUGGGACACAACUUUACUCCGGCUGUCUUGUUUGCUCACAUGUACUACCAUUUCGCCAUCCUCCUCCUGUUCAGGCCCCUGAUCAAGCUCCGCAUCAUCGGGUCCAAGGUUUCGCCGCGAGACGUUUGCUCUCAGGCUGCCGACGCGAUCCAGGGCUUAUUAACCUCGUAUGCCCAGCUCUAUACGCUCCGUAGGACGCCGUCAUUUGUCCCAUAUUUCGUCCUGACGUCAGCCAUUAUGCAUCUGGCCAUAGGCGCUAGCAUGGUCAAGAGCGACGGCUCCGAAACCAGCGAAGAGAAGAUGAAGAAGGCAGCCAAAAUAGACCCGCGCGUGUCCGAGGCCCUCAGCCGGGGCAUUGCGGACUUGACGGAGAUGGCGCCGUGCCACCACUUUGCCGAGCAAGCGCUGAACAUCUUGCGAUACCUGGCCAAGAAGUGGAACAUUGAGGUCAAUGUCGACGGCGACAAGGUGCCGCCGGAGGACCCCGACAACCUGGUGAGGCCUUACUCGAGCAGCCUCAACUUCUUUGCACCAAACGUUCAGGAGAGCGACUUUAUGUGCGGCUGGGGGGCCAGCGCAGAGAUGGUGGAAACGCUGCAGGCGCCCAACAUCAAGAAGACGGCCGAGACGGCGGAAAACCCGCUCUUCUGGCCGUUUCCGAUGCAGGGAAGGCCGCUGCUGCCUAUUGGCCCGGAGCUGGAGCAGGCUGGUUUCAUCAAGAUUUGA